CCUCCUUCUCUCCUCUCUCGCUCUCAGAGUUGUUCAGACUUGAGGGAGGAAUGGCGGCCCCUCGGAGUUUCUUCGUCUCUCUCUCCGGGUUGCUUCUGGUUUUAUAUUUCUCUUGUGGAUCUACGACUUCAGGCAACAAAAGGUCAAACCAGGAGCGAUUGGGCUUCAAGGUGCAGUCUGGUGCAGAUGGAGGUCGGAGGUUGUCCGUCACCUUCAGAGCUGACAACUGUUCAUUAAACUACCCACUGGGGAAACAUGUGAUCCACGAGGUCACUAAUGUCUCCUUCAGUCAUCUGGCCAGUGAGGAUCAGGCCGCUGUGGUCGUCCACUGGUCUGCAAGUCCUUUAGGGAUCGAACACAUUAAAGGCUUCAGAGUUUAUCUGGAGGACAAGAAUCCAGAGGGGAAACAGUGUCAACAUCUCAUCCUCAAAGACCCGCGACAACUCAACUUCUCCUACAGGAACACGAAGCUGAGCAGUCAGCUGUUCAGCAGUUUGACCUUUGACACUGACUACAUGGUUCGUGUUGUUCCCUUCCCAACUCUGAUGAACGAGAGUUUCUUCCCUCCCUCCUUCCUCAGGACCAACUCGUGUGAAGUCCUCCUGGGAUCUGACAACUUGGUUUGCAAACCAUUCUGGAAGCCAAAGACCCUGAACGUGUCCCAGCUGGGGUCAAACCUCCAUGUGGCCUUCGACCAGGCUCCAGCCUCCUUCGGCUUCCACUUCUACUACCUGUACUACAAACUGCGACAGGAUGGACCUUUCAAACUGCAGCGCUGCAAACCGGACAUGAACCAGCCCAGAACAACAUGUAUCCUCCAGGACGUCACUCCAGGGACCUACACUGUUGAGUUGAGAGACGACAGCAACACGACCAGGAGGCAGACUCAGUACCACGUCAGUCAGGUGCACUCCCCCUGGGCGGGGCCUAUUCGUGCCAUGGCCAUCACGGUGCCUCUGGUCAUCAUGUCCGCCUUCGCCACUCUCUUCACUGUCAUGUGUCGUAAGAAACAGCAAGAAAACAUCUACAGUCAGCUGGACGAGGAGAGCAGUGAGUCAUCCAAUCACAGCGCAGCGUUGAACGCAGAACGGCCGUGGCCUCGUCCCAAAGUCUUCAUCUGUUACUCCAACAGAGACUGUCCCAAACACACCAGCGUCAUCCAGAGCUUCGCCUACUUCCUGCAGGACUUCUGCAACUGUGAGGUUGUGUUGGACCUGUGGGAACACCUGGAGAUGUGCAAAGAGGGUCAGAUGUCAUGGCUCAGCAGACAGCUGGACGAAGCCAACUUCAUCAUCACCGUCUGUUCCAAAGGCUUACGCUACUAUGUGGAGAAGAAGAGUCGCAGAGGGAAGACACCAGUCAGUCGCCGUAGUAACAGCAGUAGCAGCUCUCCCAUUGGUGGAUCUGGCAGUGACCUGUUUAUAGUGAGCGUGGCCAUGAUCGCUGAAAAGCUGCGGUUGGCGAAGCAGAGCGAGGGCGGCAGGGCUCAGGAGCUGAACCGCUACAUGACGGUUUACUUCGACUAUUCAACAGAAAACGACAUCCCCACCAUGUUGAGUCUGGCUCCCAGGUUCAAGCUGAUGGACCAGCUGCCUCAGCUCUUCAGUCGGCUUCACUCCAGUCAGUCCAGUUUGGCUGACCGCGAGCAGCAGCCUCUCAACGUCUCCAGGAGGAACUACUUCAGAAGCAAGUCUGGACGCUCGCUCUACGUUUCCAUCUGCAACAUGCACCAGCACAUCAGCCAGAACCCCGACUGGUUCGAGAAGCAGCUGGCUCCUGCAGGAGGUUCCUCGUCCUCCUCUGGCUUCUCGUCCAAGCAUUCCCCUCUCCCCUCCGUCCCGGCUCCGAGCCCUCCUCCAAAGCUUCCCUGCUCCUCCUCCUCCUCCUCCUCCUCCUCGUCUCAGCCCGAGCAGAGGUGUGACUCCGGCUUGGUGCUGAAUGAGGUGGUGGUGAGGACGCCGUCGCUGGAGAGUGGGAGCGGAGUCCCAAGGAGGAACAUGCUCCUGCUUGCCCCCGGCUCCAGUGCCAGCCUCAACCUCGGCCCCAGCCACAGUCCCAGUCCUGGUCCCUGUCCCAGUCCUGGUCCCUGUCCUAGUCCUGGUCUCUGUCCCAGUCCAGGCCUGCCGCACUGCUCUCUGUCCAUGCUGGGACCCACCUCAAGGUCCAUUACUGGAAUAUCUGGACUCUUACCUGAAGAAUCUUCCUCCUCCUCUGCCUCCUCCUCCUCCUCUGCUCCCUCCAUCCUCCAGGACGGGGUGUGCCCUGUCCCCACUCAGGCAGAAGAAGGACGUCCCUCCCCUCCAGAGGUCCCGCCUCCUCGUGAUUCGGGCAUCUAUGAUUCAUCUGUUCCUUCCUCAGAGCUUUCCAUUCCCCUAAUGGAAGGACUGUCACAUGACCAGGCUGACUCCUCCUCCCUGGCCGAGAGCGAAUCAUCUUCCUCAGGGCUGGGUGAUGAGGAACCACCUGUUGUCACAUCGCUGCGCUGCAGCACUGCCACAGUUUGUAAAGCUGAGCUGCACCACCAUCAUCACCUGGAGCACAGUGAUGGACUCGCUCCUGUGGCAUCAUUGUAGUUAAUCAAAAGAGGACCAACCCUGUGAUGUCACACAGGGCCAAAAAUGUAUUGGUCUCGGACCUGAAUCCUUUCUCAGAAAUGCAGUCAUCUGAUCAUCACGGACACAAAACUGGAACCAUUAAAAGGCAUUAGAGUGGGUCACCUAUGGAAAUUACUGAAUUCCAGAAUGCUGGUCUGUGGUAACUAAUGGUAACCAUUACAUUCUAGAACAGUGAUACGUACGAUAACUGUGGUGCCCACUGGUUUCUAGAACACCACUCUGUAGUACCUUUAACUGCUGCAUCCCUAGUAUCUAUGGUAACCAGUGAAUCUUAGAACACUACUCCUUGGUAACCACUGCAUUUCUAGAGCACAGGCACCUGGUAGCUCUGGUAACCAUUGCUUCUAGAACACUAGUCCCCAGCCACUAUGGUAAGCACUGCAUUCUACAACACUGGUUCCUGAUAAUUACAGUAGCCACAGAGUUCUAGAACAGCAGUCCCUGGUAAUUAUGGUAACAUUCUGCACAGGUAUCUAUGGUAACCACAGAGUUCUAGAAUAUUACCCAUGACAACUGUGGUAAUCACUGGGUUGUAGAACAUUCAUCCCUGGCAUCUAUGAUAACCACUAGAUUCUAGAACAAUAGUCUUAAGUAACUAUGGUAACCACUGAGUUCUAGAACACUGUUAACUAUGAUAACUAUGGUAACCACUGAGUUCUAGAACACUGUUAACUAUGAUAACUAUGGUAACCACUGUGUGUUAGAACACCAGUCCCUAAGGUUCUUUGUUCACCCCCACUGGUCGCCCUGCCUGGACUUUUAAAGGACUGUGUCUCCAGAUGCUGGCAGAGCAAACCUGUUCAAACCAAAGACUGCCUCAGCACUGCGUCGUGAUUCAUUGAUAGACAGCCGACUCAUGUAUGAGUUGAUGUUUGGUACCAAAACAUGAUGCUAAAACACUGUUUGCUCAGGCACUUUUUGAUGCAGAAACACAGGAAAACACGUUACAAAUAGGUUCAGAUAUUUCACGGCAAUGGUAUCCAACGGGAUCAGAGCAGCUUCUGAAGUUCUGAUGUCCUCAGAGUUUUUUAUUGAAAGCUGCUGAAUGUAUCAACACAUUUAGAAUGUUGAUAAUAUUCUCAACAUUUUGGACCAAAAGCAAGUAAACACUAAAUGCUUUGGGGAAAACCAGAUAUUCAUCAGUGAAUUCUCUCCUUUAAUGAGUGCCAUUUUUUUCAUUUAAUGUGCCUUUUUACUUUUGGAGGAGCAUUUUUCAUUAGACAGUGGAAUUCCCCUAAAAGAGCUGGUAAUAGAACAUACUAUCAAUAUUCAUAUUUUCUGAUCGCAAAGUUUUUUCUCUGUCACAUGUUUUAACAGCAUACCUUAUUUUAAAACAUAGGUAUGUCGUCUAAAUAUCUUUGUGGAGCAGCAAAUAAUACAAUGACCACUACCUAAUCGCAAACCAUUAAACUGUCAAAGAAUUUUGAUAAACUCUUAAAGAACAGACAAAAUGUACUAAAACCUGCUAAUGUGAUGUAACAUGGUGGAAGAGUUGUGUGAAUUAUGUGUUGAAUCGAAAUUUAGUUUUAUGAAUUUUAUUUUUUCUGCAUUUUAAUUCACAAAUUCAAAAUAUACAACUCAAACUCAUUUGGCUGGUGAUGCCACUUCUACACCAUAAUAUAUUGAAUACUGUUACAUUGUUAAGAUUGUGGUUACAUAUUUGAAAGUACUGAAUAUUAAAGUUGCAUUUAUAGUUAUAUAUUUCUUAAUGCUUUGUAAUCAUUUUUCUAACAUUAUUGCAGGUGGCAACAAAGAUGAGGGCAUUGUAAAACUAAACCACUUUUUAAAAACGUAACAGUGGAAGCCCAGUCCUGCCAGGACAAGAAAUAAAUACAUGAAAAAAAUGUAAUAUUUUCUUCUUAAAUCAAUAUUCAGAGUGAGUAAUAAUUUUGAUUUAAAAAGUCCAAACAAUUACUUACUAUCUCAUAAUUACAUCUUGGUCAUUAUUUUUGUGAAUUCUCAUUUUAAUAAUUCCUAACUUUUCAGAUUUAUUUCUCCUGGUGGAAAUGGGCGUCUUUACAUCUUUACAGUCUUUUUAUUUUCUGACACAAAUGUUGGUUGCUGCUGAAAGCAGAAUGAUGACUUCUGUUUCAUCUGCAGGUCUGAGUUUAUUGGAAGGGAAGAUUUGGCAUUUCCUACUGUAAAUAUUAUUUGUAUUUUUCUUUUUUUCUUGGAAAUGUCUGUUCUGUUUCAAUUUUUGUAUAGUUAGACUGUUAUUGUCCUAUUUUUUCUACAUUUUUUUUAGUAAUGUACUGUUUUAUAGUACCUUAAUGUAGGAAAUAAAUAAGUCCAGUCUAAUAAAACAUUAAUCUUUUCAUC